CUGACGAGUUUCCCAGGCCCACUCGCAUGUGCGCUUAGCCGUGUACAUGUUUUGCAUGGAAGAUGCUUUAUCGUUAUUAGGGUAAGAUGCAAGGGUUUGAUGGCAUGUAUACUUAAGAGGUGGACCGCAGAAAAAUGUUUCUAAACUGUUCCUCGAAAAGUUGGUCUUGAGAAAAAAGAAGCCUCUUGGCUUGCGACGACAGAUGCGCAAUGGCAUUGGGUAUCGUAGAGCCGAAGACGAGCGUGCAGCCGCCCGGUACGGAAUAUCUGGUCGACACAGCACAGACCAGCGGCGAGCAUCAGUAUGAACAUGCACACUUCAAGCACGGAAAGGGCAAGAAACAAGAUAUUGUCUUAGUUCCCCAACCCUCCGAUGAUCCGGACGAUCCGCUCCUUUGGCCGAUAUGGAAGCGCGAAGCUGCCUUCGUGGUGCUGUUCUUUAACAGCAUCAUUUUCGCCGCUUGUCCUGGUCCAAUGAUAGCCCCCGCGACCGUCGCAUUGGCAACGCAGCUUGACGUUCCGGUCAAGAAAGUGGCACAGCUUUCCGGCUACCAGCUCCUCGUAGUUGGUGCACUCGGCCCUGUCGUAUCCGUUCUCGCGGAGAAAUACGGAAAACGUCCCCAGUUCCUCUUCGCAAGUCUACUCGGCACCCUCGGUACUGGGAUAUGCAUCGCAGGGUUCGACCAAUCCAGCCUCUCCAAGUCCUACAGAGUGCUACUUACAGGACGCAUGAUUCAGGGACUCGGUACGACAGCCUACGAGUCCCUCGCAGUGGCAGCAAUCGGCGACAUGUUCUUCCUACACCGACGCGGAAUACGUACCUCUCUGCUCGUCUUGACGACCGCUUGCCUUGCGUCCUUUGUCGCCAUCUGCGCAGGCCACAUGUUCGAAGUACUCGGGGCGCGCAACUUGUUUGUCGUCUUGUUGCCUUUGCAACUUUUUGGAUUUGUGUGCUCGUUCCUCUUCAUUCCCGAGACGCAGUUCCGACGUAAUGAGAGGCAGGGUGGUAUGGCAACGGAGCAAAAUGGACUCACAGUCCAGGAUAAAGCGGAAGCCAGUACGCACUCCAUAACGCGGGACCCCGCCAUGUCGACUGUGAAUUCUACCACUCCGAAACGUACCUUCGUCCAAGACCUGCGCCUGACAUCUGGCGUCUACAACCAUGACAGCAUCCUCAAACUUUUGGGUCGCAUCUUCGUCCAUCUACUUAACCCCGCUAUCGUAUGGAUCACGUUGGUGGCCGCCAUCUUGAUUUCCUUCUUCGUCGGCACCGCCUACACCCUGGCGCAGAUUUUUUCGCCUCCUCCCUACCUACUCACCGUCAGUCAGAACGGCUACUUCUUCACCGGCGCACUGCUCGGAGGUAUUCUCGGGGUGAUCUCCGGUCCGCUCUGCGAUUUCUCCGCCAAGACUCUUUCGCGCCGCAACAAAGGCGUUUUCGAAGCCGAAUUUCGUAUCCCCGUUAACAUCCUUGCAGUCACCAUGCUAGCUGUCGGAUGGUUUACCUUCAUGUGGGCGCUGGAGCGCCCCACGCUGAAGGGCGGUGUGUAUCUCUGCUCGUUUUGCUAUGGCGCGGUGUGCUUUGGGACGAGUGUCGCCGGGACGAGCACCGGUCUGUAUAUUCUAGACGCGUUCCGUCCUUACGCCACCGAGAUUUUCAUCUUGCAGAUGAUGAUUAAGAAUUUCCUAUUUUACGCGUUCUCGACGUUCAUCAAUGAAUUUGUGGCGGCGCAUGGCCCUGCGAAUAUGGCGAAAGUUUGGGGGAUAAUCACGGUCUGUGGGUUUGUGACGUGUGUGCCGAUGUAUAUGUUUGGAAAGGUGAAUAGGUCAUGGGUGCAUCACAUAUACGUGAAGUAUCUGGGGGAUAAGUGAAGGAGUAAGAACUGGGUGCGCAGAUGUUUUAAGUGGUGUGAUAGACUGGCGAGCACACAUGCGAGAAGCACAGGUCCUUAAAAUUUCAUGCUGGUGUUGGAGACUACGCACGAUGUCACCGGUCGAGUUAAAUA